AUGCCCCAGAGGUUGCGUCGGCCCCGCCCCCGGGCACGAAUCAAUGGCUGGACACUGCCUCCACACCCAUUACAGUGUGUUGCUUGGUUUGCAGUUAUAUACUUUGCCUUCUUCUAUUUCACAACCUUCGUGCCGGCCCUUCCUGAUGACUGGCAGAUUGCAGCCUAUGUUUUAACAGGGUUAGCUUUCCUGUGUCACAUUCUCACCCAUGUGGUGGCAAGCAGUAUCAACCCUGCUGACCCCGCUGUGUUGAGGAUACAGAAUGGCAGGGAGGAAUUUGACCGUACCAAACACCGCCAUGUCAUUGAGAAUAUGCACUGCUACAUCUGUGAUGCUGAUGUGGGAUCCCGGUCAAAACAUUGCAGUGCCUGUAAUAAGUGUGUGAAUGAUUUUGACCACCACUGUAAAUGGCUCAACAACUGUGUGGGAGGCAGAAACUACAGGUGGUUUUUACAGGUACUCCUCACUGGUAUCAUUGGUAUUUUCUUUAUACUGGUGGUCACACUGGUAGAAAUCAUUGCCUACAGCACAGAUGCUGAGACUGGAAACAUUCUACAGCCAUAUAUAGAUGUGAAGAAUAAUGUAACAAGUGAACCAGUGUUCUACAUGGUAUACCAGCCAGUAUCUGAUAGAGGAUUUCUGGCAGUCCUUAUCAUCACCUUUUUCCUCCUCGUUGUUGGACUUGCUCUGCUGCUCCAUCUCUUUGUGUUCCACUGCUACCUCAUGUACAACCAUAUAAGUACAUAUGACUACAUAGUAAAACAAAGAGAGAAUGAUGACAGUAAAAAGAGAAGUGCAGACAAAGUCCAAAAUAAAACAAAACGGAUAAACAAAGUUGUUCCGAGUAAACAAAGACAAAGUAUAAGAAUGAUGAAUUCAUCACCCCAAACUAAGUUGAAUGAGACCAAAGAAAAGAGUGAUAUCAGUUUAUACCAUCAGAAGUCAGAAGAGGAAGGUCGACGGACAGAGGGUGAGACCCCGCCUCCGUCUUCUAGCCCUAUACACCAUAAGGAAACAAACAACAAUAAAGAAGGAAGGCUUCCAGAACUGAACAAACAUUCAAGUGAUGAUAUAACAGCUAUUAAAAGGAUGAAAAAGAAGAAAAAGAUCAAUUAUAAAAUGAAUUCCAAUUAUGAAAUAUCUGAAACAGAUAUGAUUUCUACUAUAGAUAACCCAUCCAUGUACAAAACUCGGGGCUUCACUACCAGUCUGAAUCUACCACUGACUUCUCCUGUGAAAAUCACCCCACCCCCUCCACAACUGACCUCUGUCAAUGGGGCAGGACCCCCAGCAGACUAUCACUCCGACUCAGCGGAGAGCUUGACAGAGGUGGACCCCAACAUUGCUGGCAGUGUUAACUCAUCGCUAAGAAACUCUUUCCAGGUUCAACCUGGAGACAGUAAUAGUGCCAUUCAAGAUUCAAGCGUAAGUCGUGGGAAGAACAGAAAAAGCAGUAAAAGGAGAAAGAAGAGGAAAAAGGAAGAGGAUGGAAAAGAGCAAACAGAAUUAAACUCAACUAUGCUUUUCCAGAUAAACUCCACAGCAAAACAGAACCCAGAUGGAACACUAGACUACACUGAUGGGUUCAAGAAACUGCCUUUGACCCCAAUUCCACUAAGGAAGACUAUGACUUCUGAGGAAUUUAAAAGACCCAGUGCUGUCCCUCCUCUGGACCUGGGACCACUUAGGGGCAGUAGUGAAAGUGUGUCUUUUCAGCCAAUGAGUUCUCUCAGGUCAUCCGAUACAUACCGUACAUCGCGUUUGCUUGGGAGUAUGCCAGAACAACGACCCAUUGUGGACACUGAAGUCUAG